UCGACCUCUCUGCUUCCACGAAUCCGACCUGUUCGCUCAAGCUCUCGCCCGAUUCCACUCCUCGGAAGAAAGAGAGUGUAGGAGGAGCAGCAGGAGAGAAGAAACACGGAGACAGGAAGACGAGGGAGAGAGGAGGAGGAGGAAGAAGAAGAGAGGGUAGGGAACGAGCGCAGGAGGCGAUCUCGGGGAAAGAGAGCGAUGGAGCGUAGGAGACAACUGGGCACGCUGUCGCCUCUGGCACGGGUUCAGGUGAUGGCAUUCAUGGUGGGGUCCAUUGUCUUGAGUUUGGCAGCCAUGCCUCAGGUUCGUGCGGGCAAGGGAGGAGUGGGAGGAGGAGAUGCGCAGGCCGAGCGGAGGAGCCUCUUCGGACCGAAGGGGGGUCAGUCUCUGCGGAGCGACACGAACCCAGAACGGCAGUUGAGAGCGGCUAUGGCCGACGGCACAACAAGUCUAUACGAGCUGACCGCAGACGUUACGCUCACGAGCUCUCUUCCUCCCUUGAGCAAAGACUUCGCUGUGACGGGAAAGUGCACAGGCAUGGGCUGUGUGAUCAACGGCGGGGGCAAGUUCCGCAGCUUCGUCGCUCAGUCUGCCUCUCUGUCGUUGUCGGGCCUGGAUCUGGUGGGGAUGAAGACAGUCGGGAAGAGCGUGAACGCGUUCGAGUACGACACGAGCGGCGGAGCCGUGUACGUGAGGGACGGGGUCCUCACGGUGAAGAACUGCGUGUUCCGCGGGAACAAGGCGAAGAAGGUCAUGGGCGGCGGCGCCAUAGCCAUGCUAGACACGCGCUUCCUCAUCUCCGACAGCGAGCUCACGGGCAACAGCGUAGACGGGUCGGGAGGCGCCAUAGCCGCAUUGGAGUACGUGCAUGUUGAGUCUGCGUUGGAGCUGCGCUGUCCCUUCCAGCUCCAUCUCCAUCUCCCCCAUCCUCAUCCCUUCAUCUUGAUCCUGACGGACCGCCAUCCCGGCGGGUCCGUCACAGGGGAGCUGAGGCGGACCAAGCUGUCGGGCAACAAGGCAGGCUAUUACGGAGGCGCGACGAACUUCAGCGAAGCCGGCGCGAAGAUCAAGGAGUGCGAAUUCUCGGGCAACCACGCGGGAAAGAACGGAGGAGAGCUCUUGCUCAGCGAAGCAGGCGGCACCGUCAUAGCCAGCUCACGCUUCGAACGCUAACUCCGCUCCCAAGGGGCUGGGAGGUGCCCUUCGCGUCAUCGCCAACGAUGUCGGGCCGAC